GUAAAUCUCGGCGCCAGACAUAAGGAGGUUCAUCAUAAUACACUUGCCCUAAAUAGGUCCAGAUGCCAAGAAUUGGCAAAUUAAUUCUUUGGUUUCCAUGGGUGGUGAAAAAGGAUCAUCAAGCUUCAGGAUCUCUCUAACCUUGAAGAAAGGGAAAAUGAAGAUAUUGUGAUACCACUUCAGAAGCAAAGCCUGAAGGUCUUCUGUGCUUUAGAAGUGGUGUUGCCCUCCCACGAGUGCUGGAGUCCUGGAGUUGGCAUGGCUGAGGAACCUUUGGAUAAGUUGGUGGAAGGUCCAUUAUUGUUCUUUAUGAAAAGGAAGGUAACCCAGAAGCUUGCUAUUCAGAAAGCUAUGACAGAUGCAUUCCAGAAAUUGCUGAUUGUGCUUUUAGAAAGUGGUAAAAGAGCUGUGGCAUAUAGACCCUGUGAAGAUGUCACAGAUGCUAGAACCGAAGAGGAACUACAGGAUUUAAUUCAAGUCAGCUACUUUUCUUGUCAGCCAUGUGGCCAAAGGGAGCAGGAAUGUCUCUCAGACUUCAGCUUUGAGGAGGAAGAGUUCAGAUUGCCAGAACUGGCCUAGCACUUUUGAAUUUCCCAGAA